AAUUUAACAAUGAAGAAAAACACAAAAUAUUGCCCGGAAAUUAAAAGUCGAUGGAACAAUUAUAACACCUAUCGAUUCAUGGUGUGGGCUUGGACGAUGAAUGAAAUAGCUAUUGUGUCUGCUCCCGUGGACAUAUCGCAUACUGGAUUUUAUGCGCAUUCGGUUAUAUAUGUUAUUGUUUCAAUUUUUGUUGGAAUACCGUUAGUUUAUUCAGAGAUCUGCAUAGCGCAAUACACGAACUGUGACAUGGUAUCUACGUGGAAUUUCUGUCCGAUUUUACGCGGCGUCGGAUUCGGUACAUUUUUCCUGAUAAUAUUGAAAAUAGCUUAUUUGUUAGUGCUAUCGUCGUGGUACUUGGAAUAUACAUUCGCGGCCGCAUUUGAUCCACCGCCAUGGUUCUCGUGCGCAGAAUAUGAUGACCCAAAAUGUAUGGUUAAGCGUGUUAAUGUAUCAAUAUUUCAGAACUGCAUUGAAGCCCAAACCUUAUUUAAUGAAGACUGCGGCAUGAAAACAGCGAGCAGUUGUUAUUUCGAAAAGAAAAUCGGCAAUAAUAAUACAAAGUUAACGAAUUGCAUACACGUAUGGAAGACAAUUCUAAUUAGUUUAAUUUUCACCUCGACAUUGUUUGUCAUAUUGAUUAAGAAGGAGAAAGUCCUUAAAGUAAUUGUUAGAAUAUUGGCAGUUUAUGUCGUUAUCGUUUUGGUUACACUGUUUUGCGUUGCACUGUCCACGAGUGGUACUUGGUAUGCAACGAAAAUUGGUAUCAAAUGGGAAGAUUUGGAUUUUAAAUAUUCUAUUUAUAUUUCAACACAGAGCGCUCACGCUUGCGGUGUUGGCUGCGGCAUAAUUGGCUUUCUAUCUCGCGAUGUUCCGUUCCGCAGUCCAGCUACGAUGACUGCGGUGACCACCCCACUUUUUUCCCUAUUCAUUACUCUUAUGUUCGCCCUGAUCAUAUUCAGUGGUAUCAAAAGUGUGUCAUACUAUCACGGGGAAGAGCAAAAUAUUUUAGAAAUCGGCGACAGUAUAUUUUUUAAUUCAUUCGCUUCUAUAGCGGAGGUCCUCAGUUAUUUUAACGGUUUGCCUCUGUGGGCUUUCAUUUGGUUUUCGACAAUAUUCAUUUGUCUGUUAGUUAAUAUUGUUAUAUUGUGUUUAUUUCUGUUCGAAUCGUUGACGAUUAAUUCAAAAAUUGCAAGGAAAUAUAAGAAUAUAUGCUGUAUUGGAAUACAAGUAAGAAUUCACGGGUACAGCCAGAGAAGGAAUGUCAUAAACAAGAAGAGCAUUCCUAAUUUAAAAAUGGACCACGAAUUGUUACCUGAACACACUGAAUGGAGUGCUUUGACUUCGAAUUAG